AUUGCGAUGUCUUACCACGUUAUCGAGAGCCUCGUAUUUGCAAUAUCUUACCCACACAGUAACAUCCAAUCACUUUAACGAGGUCACAGUAACGUACACAGACAGCCAGAGCUCCCGGCGCCAUUGAGUUCAACGUCGAAUCCAUCUUAGCUGCCUCAUCCCGCACGCCGCCCUUUGCCCAUCCCAUCUACUGAGCUAUUGAGCUUGAUAAGCUGACAAGUGUUUGCAUCAUUCUAUCAACGGGCUCGCGUCGAAUAUCCUUCCACAUCAUGACCUGGAUCUCGCGCUCGAUCACAGCCAUUGGCCUCCUCCUCCUCGGCCAUGCCUGCUACUCUGCCCAAGAGCACUCCGCGCUGCAAUCUUUCCGAGCAGCCUCGCCCCUGGCAACAUCCGCCUCAGCAGCUACCACUUCGCUACCGGCGGACAUAACGAUCGAAGCGGCCGUGGCGACUCUCGUCGUCGUCCUCGGCAUGGUUCUAGGCGCACCCAACCUCCGGCCGAUCGAGUGGCGCGUAUGGGCGGGCAAGAUUGAGAGAGAGGGCGAGAUGGGAUUCCUGACGGGCAGCGGGGAGGUGGAGAAGGACUACGUCGGCAACCCGUUCCGCAUCCUCGAGAGCCGGCCCGGCUUUGCCGACAUUCGGAAACAGAAGCGAGACUUUACAAACUGGGUCAAGGCUGGGGACAAGACUGCAAUUGCGGCCAAGUCUGGUUGAGUUGUGGGAUAGCGAACGAUACCAAUGAAUAUAGUCAAUCCAACAGCAUGCCUGCAACGCGUUUCCGUCGUGGCUAUGCAUUUCCAGGUCAAUGUCCCCAUCACGAGGGCCUGCGCAGGCAGCUCCCUACCUAGGUUCACGAUGGGUUAAUACCCUUCCUCAUGAAGUAGGCCAGGUGUCUAGAUCUCGUGAGUCUGUCGACCCUGAAUGAAAAUCAAAAGAGAAAUAAACCAAGAAGGAACCGA